GCGCUCGGAGCUCAGCUUCCCGCAGGAGGCUCGGGAGGCGGAGGCGCCGCGCCCCGGGCGCCCGCUGAGAGCUGUCACCGCGAGAGCGCCCGUCUCGUUAGAAACUGACUUCUGUUUAGCUGUAAGAAGUGGACGACCCGGGCGAGGUGACGGGCGAGGGGUGGGCGCGCGGGCUGCGGGGCCCGAGGACACUCCAAGUCUUCUGCGCGCUGCCCGAGCUGCGGAGGGAACGGGCAGGGCGUCGCCCGCCCGCGGGUAGGGCCAUGUCAGGAGGUCCCGGAUCGGCACUGGCGGCCCCCGGUCCGGGCGCCCUGAAGCCAGCACCGCGGAGUUUCAGCUGCCUCUCGGACCUGGAAGGCAGCGUGAGCUCGGGGCCGCGGCCCUGCAGGCCUCCAGGUGGCCUCGACUGCGCAACGCCACCGCCGCCCGCGUCGUCGGGCUGUGACCCUCGCCUGCGGCCCAUCAUGGUGCGGCGCGCGCGCUCCUUGCCCAGCUCGCCUGAGCGCCGCCUGCAGAACGCGGGCGCUACGGGGGCUACAUGCAGGCCAGGCUGCAGCCGGCAGCACCGCGUGCGCUUCGCCGACGCGCUGGGCUUGGAGCUGGCGCAGGUCAAGGUAUUCAACGCAGGCGACGACCCGGCAGUGCCGCUGCACGUGCUGUCGCGGCUCGCCAUCAACGCGGACCUGUGCUGCAGCAGCCAGGACCUGGAAUUCACGCUGCAGUGCCUGGUGCCCGACUUCCCGCCACCUGUCGAGGCCGCCGACUUCGGCGAGCGCCUGCAACGGCAGCUCGUGUGCCUGGAGCGCGUCACCUGCUCUGACCUGGGCAUCUGCGGCACAGUGCGCGUGCGUAACGUGGCCUUCGAGAAGCAGGUGGCUGUGCGCUACACAUUCUCGGGCUGGAGCAGUGCGCACGAGGCGACAGCGCGCUGGCGCGGGCCAGCAAACAUGGCGGGCACCGAGGACGUCUUCGCCUUCGGCUUGCCAGUGCCACCUUUUUUGCUGGAGCUCGGCUCACACGUGCACUUUGCGCUGCGAUAUCGCGUGGCAGGCGCCGAACACUGGGACAACAACGACGGCCGCGACUACAGCCUUACUUGCCGCAGCCACGCGCUGCACAUGCCACGCGGCGAGUGUGAAGAGAGCUGGAUCCACUUCAUCUGAGCCGCACCAGCAAUCAUCUGCCUGCUGGCUCUCACACCUCGGUGGCUGCUCUUCCCCACACCAUCGCCUUGCACCCCAAGUCGUCUGAGCACGCUUCCUUGCUGCGAGGUCCCCUGGCAGUGGCCCGUCCUGUCUCUACUUGAAUCGUCUGUCACUUGGCCUAAAACGUUGCCUCCAGUCUCUAGAAGGCCAACUUGUUUUCUGUGCUGUGGGAGGGUGGCUGGGUGGGAGGGUGCGUGGAAGUGACGGCCCCUCGGGGGAGAGCCCAGGCAGGGGCUCUUUGGGAAGGCCCGCCCCUCCUGCGGGAAGGCCUGUGGCUCUUGCCUGCGUCUUGAAUGUGUCUCUGUAAACUUCGCUGUUAUUUAUUGUCAUCGUGAUGCUGAGGCCUUGCGCCAUUCGUGGAUGCCUUCUCAGGAACGUUCGGGAUUUAAUGAGCUUAAAAAAAAAAAAAGUAGUGUGUGUGCAGUGCCCAUUGUAAACAGAGUAUUGAGUGUGACGCACAUCAUGGUCCCUCCAGGCAAUCCUGCCCCAGGACGAGGAAAAUCUGAGACCGCUUUGGCUUGCCAACGUCUCUAGCCUUCUAACAGUGGGUAACUAUUAAUAGGUAAGAAAUGUAUGCCUCAUCAGUCGCCACACAACCUUCCUGGGAGUUCAGGCUGCCCUGGGUGGCUGGACGUCUCCUAUAUCUACAGCUGAGGAGGAGGAAGCAAGCUUAAAACUUUCUAACUAACCAAAUAGCAGGCUUUUUGCAGUCACAAUUCACCGCAUGUAUCUCUGUCCUACGUGUUUGGUCGUUAUUUGCACAUUAUCAGGUCAUUCCGUUUAGGUUGGAAACAACCUGAACAUUUUAAGAACGCUUGCCUUAUUUCAAUUUUCAGGUGAUGCUAUAGAAUUUCAGGUGACGGUGCCCUUUGCAAUUACCGUUUUGGUGAUUAAGAUGACUCCUUUUGGGUCUUCUUAAGCAUCCAAAUUUCCAGCAACCAUCUUUCAGAAGUCAAGUUACCACUUGGAGCUAGAAGGUGUUUACAGCAAUGGCCAGGACACUGGAGGAAAAAUAAUCCUCAAGUAUUCGUUUCUUAAUUGUUUUAAGUGGCAUUUAUAUAGGCUUGGUUUUAUCAGCUACCUGCCAAUUUUAUUCUUUGUGCCUCCAGAUGGGAGUUUUGUUUGUUUAACUUCUUCUGGACUUAUUUCCCAGAUUUAGAACGAUAAAUGAAUUUUUUGACCUCCAACCAACAAGUCAAGGCCACUGUUCCUUGCAAAGUGCCGCCGUUAUUUAAAACUCCCAGGAAGGGUGAUGAUUUCUUUUGGUGCUGAGCAGUCUCUGACAGCAGGUGCUAGCACUGAGUUGUAAAAAAAAAAAAAAAAAACAGCCAAAA